UACCGGGACACCGGGAGCGGCGGCACCGGGACACCGGGAGCGGCUGCACGUGACCGCGGCGGCGCACGUGACUGCGCGGGCGGCCGCGCUUUACGGCGCCGCACGACAGUUCCCGGUGCUGUGCCCUCGGCUCGCCAUGGCGUCGGGCAGCGGGACCAAGAACCUGGACUUCCGCCGGAAGUGGGACAAGGACGAGUAUGAGAAACUCGCAGAGAAGCGGCUCACGGAGGAGAGAGAAAAGAAAGAUGGCAAACCAGCUCAGCCUGUCAAAAGGGAACUUCUGCGGCACCGAGACUACAAAGUGGACCUGGAAUCCAAGCUGGGGAAAACCAUUGUCAUCACCAAAACUACCCCUCAGUCAGAGAUGGGAGGGUAUUACUGUAAUGUAUGUGACUGUGUGGUGAAAGAUUCCAUCAACUUCUUGGAUCACAUCAAUGGCAAAAAACACCAGAGGAAUCUGGGCAUGUCCAUGCGGGUGGAGCGUUCCACACUGGACCAGGUGAAGAAACGCUUUGAGGUGAACAAGAAGAAGAUGGAGGAGAAGCAGAAGGAUUAUGACUUUGAGGAGAGGAUGAAGGAACUCCGUGAGGAGGAGGAGAAGGCCAAAGCCUACAAGAAGGAGAAGCAGAGAGAGAAGAAGAGGCGGGCGGAGGAAGAUUUGACCUUUGAAGAGGAUGAUGAAAUGGCAGCUGUGAUGGGUUUCUCUGGUUUUGGCUCAACCAAAAAGAACCACUGAACAGCUCCGGACUCUCCUCUUUCUCUAAACAGGUUGUUUUUACCCAGGGAACUCUGGAUAAUUCUUCAAAGACUUGAUUGAGGACUUGUAUGUAAAUCUCCCAGUAGAAGUUGGCUGGAAGAGUUGAAAAGCAAUUCCAUACUCUACCUGUGCUGCAGAUCAAGCUCUGCCUCUCAUUAGCUUCCCUUCUCCUUCUGUGUCCUAGAUCUGACUGCUCUGUGGCCGUAUGUGUGCAGGGAAGUGCUCUGUUGGGUACAUUUUUUUGUCAAUAAAGUGCACAUUCUGCACAGGUGGCCUGGUUCAGGAUUAAUCUAGUUGUCAACCAGGCCCUACUUGUCACCCAAGCUGUGUUUGAGAUGCUGGGAGGGAUUCACUUGCUUUUAGGCUCGUAAUGAAGGAAAUGUGCCACAGCAAGCAGUGUGAGAAGUGCAUCUUUAUGGCUUGUGCUGAGCAGAGCUGGUGGCUGCAUGGAGUCUGGGUUGCUGAAACUUUCCUGUGUGUUUUAUCUGCAAGGGAGACUUCCCUUCUUUUCUUUGUGUUUUAGCCCAUAAUUUCAGUUAUCUUUAAGAUAGGGGAGAAAUUCCUCCCCAUGGCUGGCCUAGGAUAGAGCCAAUGAAAGAAAAGUGUGUGCAACUUGCCAGAAAUAAAUGGAAUGUUUUAAUGGCC